UUACGUGUGCCUAUGCACUAAUCAUUUGUCUAGCUGAGUCACCUUCUUCAUUGUACUGUUCCAACACGUUGCUCCAGGCACCAACACAUGUCCGCUCCAUGCACACACACCUCUUCCAAUUCCUCAAGCCGCCAAUGGCCAUUCCUUCUUCCUUUUUAACGCCCAAUCUCCUCCUCUUUUUUCCUAUCCCAACAACAAAUCAAGAAUCUUACAUAAAAAUAACCCACAAAAGAAACCACGGAGAGAUCUAGUUUCUUAGUUACUUUCUUGAAACACUAGCAACUAUGGCAUCUGAGCAAGCAAGGAGAGAGGAUACUACUAGUGAGAGAGAAUUUUCUGUGGCGAGAGAGAGAGUCCCAAAAAUAGCUAACCAUUUUGUGUCUUUGAUUGAGAAACCAAAAGAGUCAGGUGUCCUUGUUGGUGUCAUGGAAAACUUGAGUACUGAAGGUGGCAAUGAAAUGGGAGCGCAGUUUGAGUCUCUUGCUGAUAAAGUGAGAGCUGGGACAGGUGUUUCUAGUGAUAAAGAAAGGGAAAGAAGGGAAGAAGAACAAGAAAGGAAAGCAAGAGAGGGAUAUUCUGUUGGGAAAUUUGAAGUGAAAGGUGAAGGUGAGAGAGGUGGUAGAAAAGAAAAGAAUGGUGAACAAAAUAAUGAGCAAGAACUUUCUCUAGAUGAAAUUACGAAGUUAAGAGGAACGGCACAACAGAAUUCAUUGGAGGCUUUAAAGGCAGCUGAAGAAAGAAAUGAGAAAGAAAAGGAGAAGGCUAGUCUAGUUGUGGGUUGCAAAGAGAAGGCUCCUCAAGCAAAACAUACUGUUGUAGAGAAGGCUAUGCAAGCCAAAGACACUGCUGCGGAGAAGGCUGCGCGAGCGAAAGAAACUUCUGGAGAUAAGGCUGGACAAGCAAAAGACAUUAUCUCAGAGAAAGCUGCACAAGCCAAAGACAUUGUCGCAGAGAGAACUGCACGAGCCAAAGACGCUGCUGCGGAUAAGGCUGAACAAGCAAAAGAUACUGUUCUUGGAGGGGCUCAAAAAACUUCCCGUAAUCUAGCAGAAAAGGGCUCUCGAGCCAAAGAUACUGCAGCAGAGAAGACUUCACAAGCCAAAGAUACUAUUUGGGAAGGGGCUCAAAAAUCAUGUCAACAGAUUGAAGAGAAGGCGUCUCAAGCGAAGAGCACUGUCCUUGAAGGUGCUCAGAAAGUUGCAGAGAAGGGAGCACAGGCAAAAGACACUGUAGCUGAAGGGUCUCAAAAAUCCACCCAGUAUGCUGCAGAGAAGGGAGCACAGGUAAAGGACACUGCAGUUGAAGGGGGUAGAAAAACUACUCAGUUCAUAGCAGAGAAGGGAGUACAAGCAAAGGACACUGUUGUUGAAGAAACUCAAAAAACUACCCAUUAUCUUGCAGAGAAAGGAGCACAGGUAAAGGACACUCUAGUUGAAGGGGCUAAGAAAUUUACCCAGUAUGUAACAGAGAAGGGAGCACAAGCAAAAGACACCAUUUUUGAAGGGGCUAAGAAAACUUCAGAGUAUGUUGCAGAGAAGGAAGUAAGAGCUAAAGAUGUGACAGUGGAAAGUGGCAAAGAAGCUGUUCAUUAUGUAGAGAAAGUGGCUGUGGAUGUGAAAGACAAGGCCGCUGCGGCUGGAUGGACUGCUGCUCAUUACACAACUGAGAAAGCAGUGGAGGGGAGUAAGGCAGCCGCAAGGGCAGUAGAGUAUGCUGGUCAAAAGACUGCAGAGCUUGCAGGCAAGCCGUUGGGUGCUGCUAAACAGACUGCUACGGAAAGUGGCGAGAGUAUGAAGGAGUAUACAGCUUGGAAAAAAGAGGAGGCUGAGAGAGAGCUUGAGGCCCGUAAAGCAGCUGAAGGAGAGAGGAGUUUCUAAGGAAGGGAAUACAAAGAAGAACCACAAGUUCAUGCAACAGGAGGUCAAGGGCCAGAAGAAACGAGCAUCACUAAGAAAUUCAGCGAGCAAGUCUACCUUGAAGGCGAUAAACAAGAACAACAGCAUUGGCAGCAGCAACAGCGACAAGAAGGAAGCAGCAUACAGGGCGCCGUUGGCGAAACUAUAGUGGAGAUUGCUCAAGCAACCAAAGAUCUUGUUAUUGGGCAACACCAACCUGGCGCGGGGAAGAAUGCUGGUGGAUACGAGACAAGCCACUACAAGAAUGGAAAGCAAGAACAUUAGAAGUUUGUUGGUGAUUGUUUCUUUAGAUUUGUAUUCGGUUCAGUCAAGAUUCAGUAAUAUACCUUUUGGAUUUGUAUAA